AUCUUUCCUCACAAUUCUCUCACCCUCAACACCAGCUCAUUCCAUUCAAUUCAAGUCCCACAGCAAAUUGCUCUAAUCAACCAUUCAAUUUUAUUAAUUCCAUAGCUAUUAUAUAUGAUGGCCAAACACAACAAACUGUUUUCUCUCUUGAGUCUUUCCCUUGUAUUAUCUGUACUUCUCUCAGGACAAAUGGGGGAGCAAGCUGAAGCUCGCCUGCAGCAUCAUCACUCCAAAAAUUUGUUCGUGUUCGGGGACUCCUAUGUUGACACCGGCAACACGAGAAAAGAUGCACCUGGUUCAUGGAAAGAGCCUUAUGGCAUAACUUUUCCUGGAGAACCUACCGGAAGAUUCUCGGAUGGUCGAGUUCUAACUGACUACGUUGCGAAGUAUUUGGGACAGAAAUCGCCACUCCCUUACAAAUUCCGGAAUGAGGCGCCACAUCAUUAUUUGAAGCAUGGGAUGAACUUUGCCUAUGGUGGUACAGGAGUAUUUAACACAUCCUCAUCAAACCCAAAUAUGACUGUCCAGAUCAAUUUCUUAGAGCAGCUCAUUGAAGAAAAAGUGUAUACUCCCUCCGAUCUCAGCAACUCUAUAGCUCAAGUAGCUGUCUCAGGAAAUGACUACAAUUUUUACUUGGCCACAAAUGGCUCCCUCCAGGGUUUCCCAUCUUUCAUCUCCUCAGUGGUUAAUCAAACCAUCACUAAUUUGAUUCGCAUAAAAAACUUAGGAGUGAAAAAAAUUAUUGUGGAUGGUCUACAACCCCUUGGUUGCCUUCCUCUAAUUACUGUCGCAAACUCAUUCCAGCAAUGCAAUAGCACCUUCAACCAACUCGUUCUUCUCCACAACAACUUGUUGAACCAAUCUGUGACCAAAUUGAACCAAGAAGCCGAGGACCACUCCACCUUCGUAAUUCUCAACCUUUAUGACAGUUUCUUAUCAGUGCUUAAUGAAACAUCAAAUGGUAACACUUCUGAUCAGUUAAAGCAAUGUUGCAUUGGGGUAAGUAGCCAGUAUUCCUGCGGGAGCGUGGACGAGAACAACGUGAAGAAAUAUACAGUUUGUGAAAAUCCUAAAUCAGCUUUCUUUUGGGAUACGUUUCACCCAACACAAGCAGGUUGGAAUGCUGUGUUUAACAAGUUGAAAAAGGAUGAUCUUCGUCAACUUAAAUACUAGAGAGUUGUGCAUGGUUAUUGCUAGUUCAAAUUCUCAUUUCUUGUUUAAUAAUGCACCUUCUAAAUAUGAAAUAUUCAAAUUGAUUGUUAUUUCUUGGGAGGUAAAGAUGAUCAGUCAGUUACUGAAUCUAUUUUGUAAGUUAUGAUCAUUAUAUGAAAAUAAAGUAAAUUAGGGUGUUGAA